CUCUCACACUCAGUCGUCAUCUUAAUAAAUAAAUGAAAGUGGGAACUUCACAGAGGGUUGAGCAAGUCCGGCCAUGGCGACGAUUACUCAUAUCCCUUUCUCUAUCUCCUUCCCAUCCUUGGAAUUUCGGAAACCGUUGCUCUAUUAUCAUCGUCGUAAUCAGCAACCUCAACUUUGUGUUUCGUACCUGAAUUCCACGAAGAAACAUAGUUUUGUCUGUUUCGCUUGUUCCAUCAAACCACCCAGAGUUCGUAAGAGAGUGAAGAGCAAUGAGGAGCUUCGGAGUGAGAUUAUGGAGUUCGUUGCUUUGGCUGGGAUUCCUGAAGGUCACGUGCCGUCCAUGAAGGAGCUUUCGGCACAUGGAAGAGUUGAUCUUGCCAACAUUGUCCGACGAAGGGGAUACAAGUUUAUCAAGGAACUUCUUGCAAAUUCUGAUAUUGAAGAAGAAGACUGUAAAGAGCUAGUCUCUGAGCAAAACGCCAACUUGGAAACAAGUGCAAGUCCCAUUUCUUUGGAAGAUUCGAUAAAAGAAGGUCAGGGCGAAGGAGCACUGGAUGUGGUUGAUGGAAGAAUGCCUCUUGAUCAUGAAAAAAAUAGUUUUGAUGCGAAUGAUGUUGUCAUAAAUUCAAGUACCGAGGCUGAAGAACACGGAAGUUUGAGUAUAGAUGAAUCGCCAUUGGCUGGAGUUUUAAGCAUGCAAAACUCCUUUUCUAACUUGGCUGACACUGAUCAUUCGGGAGAUAUUACAGAAAACCGUUUGAAGAUUGAGAGUGUGGAGCUCAACAAUAGAAGUGCUACUGAAAACUCAUCUUAUGAAGCUUCAAUAUCUGCAAACCAUUCCCCAGUUUUAGAUGAUACUUCAAGCAGCUGUCCAGACAUAGAAGCUGACAAUGUUUUGACGACAGAGGAUAAGGAGGUGAAUGAUGUGGAAAAAGAUACCUAUGAUCACUACACCAGUCCUACCUAUGAUCAUUAUACCAGUCCUACCUAUACUCAUUACACUAGUCCAGGUCUCAGUAACAUCAAACAUGUUGACAUUGCUACUGAAUCCUCGUCUGCUUUGACCUCGGAGAACACCAUGUCAAGUGCAGAGAAUUUUCAGAAUCAGCAGAUUGAUGAUGUGGCUGGAAAUCGUUCUGGUAGUGCCGAUGAUAGUUUAGUUGAGUAUGAGGACAAGGAUUGGAUGUUAGGAUUUUCUUCUCCCACUUCAAGCAUAGAAGAAAAAACAAUCAGAUUUAUUCAGAACGGAUACUUGGAUACAGUUGAUGAUGAAGAAAUUGACAUACCUAAUGAAAGCUAUCCUGAAACUGAAGAAAGUGCAGAGACAACCAAAGGUGCUGAGUUCAUAGGAGACAGUCGUGGUGGCCAGAGAAGUAUGAGCACUCCACCAAAUGGAACUGCCCUAGCAUUGGAGGAGUUUACUGAUGCUACAGAAGUUAAUAGCUCUGACAGGAUUAGUGAUCAGAGAGAUGGGAGUGCUGACAUGGAUACGGAUCCACAUGAUGAGACCAGGAAACGGGAAAAUCAGGUUGAAAUUACUCGGCUGAGGUUCAUGCUGAAUCAAAAAGAGCUGGAGCUGUCAAGGUUGAAGGAGCAGAUUGAAAAGGAAAAGCUUUCUCUUUCAGUUCUCCAAAGACGGGCUGAAACAGAGAUCCAAAAGGCCCAAAUGCUUAUCUCAGAGAAGGAAGUUGAAUUACAAGAAGCUGAGGAAAGUCUUUCAGGAUUGCAAGAGAUUAUGAUUGAAUAUUGCGGAGAUGGUAAUGUUGUGGAAGUGACUGGUAGCUUCAAUGGGUGGCAACACCGAGUGGGAAUGGAACUACAAGCAUCCAAGUCAAUCGGGAAACAGAAAUGCUGGUCGACAUUACUGUGGUUAUAUCCCGGUACAUAUGAGAUAAAGUUCAUUGUGGACGGGCAAUGGAUAACAGAUCCUCAAAAAGAUUCGGUUACAAGAGGACACAUCACAAACAACAUUCUCAAAGUAGAGAGCUGAUGAUUUCUUGCUUUUACUGUUUUCUCGAGUUGAAUUCAUUCCGCAUGAGCGGUGUGGGCUUCAACAGGUGAAAGGAGCAGAGCAAAUCGUUUCAAAGUUUUGUUAGCCUCUUCAGUUAUCGUUUCAAAGUUUUGUUUUAUUUCAAAGUCUUUGCUUUUUCUUCUUAGGGCUUUAGGUGGUAGUAGACUCUGUACAAAAUUGUAAUUUCAGGUAAAUGAUUAAAAUAAUACAACACUUAUGUC